AUGCUGAAGCCAGGGGUGAGCCAGCAAGCUGUUGAUUCAGCGCGGGAUAUUCUCCAUACUCUGAAAAUACCUGUCAAAAGACGUGACCGGCCUUCUGGUUUCCUUGGACAUGCAAUAAACUAUGCGAAGGAGGCAUUUUAUUUAUUAUUCAUGAAUAGUCCAUCCAUAAACGUCAACACACAACGCGCGGAUAAGCUAUCCCCUCAGCUUAAGCAGGCGGUGUCAUUGCUUCAAGAAGCCGCGAGCCAAGACAACCCGGACGCAUUGUUUCUUCUAGCAGAAAUGAACUUUUACGGGAAUUUUACCCAUCCGCGAAAUUACUCCAAGGCAUUUGAGUUGUAUAAAUCACUUGCCACGCUGGAAGGCAAUAGCACUGCACAGUACAUGGUUGGGUUUAUGUAUGCGACAGGGAUAGGGGGGGCGGUUGAACGACAUCAAGGCAAAGCGCUGUUAUAUCAUACUUUUGCGGCUAUGGGAGGUAACAUAAGAUCUCAAAUGACUGUCGCGUUUCGCCGGUAUCUAGGUAUCGGAACACCUCGCGAUUGUGACCAAGCGGCCUAUUACUAUAAACAAGUAGCCGACCAAGCAAUGACUUAUUAUCGAUCAGGCCCACCCGGCGGCCAAAUUCUGGCUAGAGAGUCAUAUCGCUGGCCUGAUGAUGAAGGUGGUGUGUACGGCGAGGGCGCAAGCGUCUCGAGCUCCGGUCCAAAUGCAAAUAAGGAGUCCCACCAUUCAGGUUCUGAUUCAAACCUUGAAGAUGUGUUGGAAUAUUUGGAUCUCUUAUCGCAAAAAGGUGACGUGAAGGCCACUUUUACAUUGGGGAAGAUGCAUUAUGAUGGCUCAAGAAAUUUGAAGAGAAAUAUGAGGAAAGCCAUGAAAUAUUUUGGGUUGGUUGCCAAGAAAUUCUGGACAAACGACGGCAAAAUUGUCUCCAACUACCCCGUGGGAAUUGAAAAGACCGCCGCUAAGGCGGCCGCACAUAUUGGACUCAUGUUCUUGCGUGGGGAAGGGGUUGAUCAACAUUUCGCGAAGGCGAUUACUUGGUUCCAACGAGGCAGGGCGCUUGGAGAUCCAAUGUGCCAGCACUACAUAGGCAUAAUGUAUUUGGAUGGAUAUGGCGUACCUCAAGACGUUAUGAAAGCAGCGUCUUAUUUCAAGGCUGCAGCGGAGCAAGACUUUCCGGCUUCUGAAACCAAACUUGGGGCGUUAUUCCUUGACCAAGGCGAUGUAGCCACCGCAACUCGAUACUUUGAGCUAGCUGCUCGAUAUCGUUGGAUCGAAGCAUUCUAUUAUCUUGCUGAAAUCGCUGACCAAGGGAUAGGGAAAGAUCGCCACUGUGGUAUGGCGACAGCGUACUACAAAAUGGUGGCUGAAGAGGCAGAGGUCAUCCAUUCCUCGUUCCACGAGGCGAAUACGGCUUACGAAAAUGACGAUAAAGAAACCGCAUUGGUUGCAUCGAUGAUGGCUGCAGAACAGGGGUACGAGAGUGCCCAGACAAAUGUGGCCUUCUUGCUGGAUGAGCAGCGAUCGGUUCUGCCACUUGAUUAUAUUAUGCGCCGACCCCAGAAUCGCCGACCAUCUGUACUCCGAAAUGCUGCUUUGGCGCUUAUAUACUGGACUCGUUCCGCAAGGCAAUCAAACCUGGAUUCCCUUGUGAAAAUGGGUGAUUACUAUUUCCACGGCUAUGGAACGCCGCGCGAGGUUGAAAAUGCCUUUACCUGUUACCAUUCGGCUGCGGAGGGCUAUCACAGUGCCCAGGCGCUGUGGAAUCUAGGCUGGAUGCAUGAGAACGGUUAUGCUACUGAGCAGGAUUUCCAUAUGGCGAAGAGAUUCUACGAUCUAGCCCUUGAAACGAACGAUGAAGCUUAUUUGCCAGUCAAGCUUAGCCUAAUCAAGUUACGGAUAAGGAGUUUCUGGAAUCGAAUUACGCGGGGAAAAGCUAAUCCAAUCCGACCAGAACCAGACGCAAAACUCCAUCGAUCAUUGAAGGAAUGGAUUAAAGCUUUCAACACUUACAACGAAGAGGAUGAUAAAGAGUUCAACCAACACAAAUCAAAACACCCAUCCGAUCCCGAUGCACCAGAUAAUAUCCUUUCUGAAGAUGGCGGCGCCGCAACGGAUGACAGGAGAGAGCCUACCAGACGUAAUCAUGACAGUACCUACUAUGACGAGUUCGAUAUGGAUAUCGAUGAUGAUAUUUUUGAUAGCCUUGUAAUCCUCGCACUGGCAGCUACUUUAAUCGUUCUCGUGUAUGUGCGACAGCGACGAGGGCUUCGAGGUGUUGGCCAGAGAGAUGGCAAUGCUGUGCGUGAUGGAGCUAGAGUUGGAAAUGACGCGGGACGGCCCAUUGAUAAUCCCGCGGCUCCUGGCGACGCAGCUGCUGACCCGCAAAGGGAACAAGAUAGAGGUCUCUUCCCCGGACCUGGCGAUCCUGAUUUCGCGGCCUGGGUUGCUGGCGGGGUUGGUCAUUAG